UUCAUAUUUGUGUUACGAUAUUAUUUAUAAUUGUUUUUAUUGUUUUUUUCAAAAAUAUUUUCCCACAAGUAUUUCUACUCACCAUGUCAGUGCAUCUUGAACCUCAAAGUGAUGCCAAUGUUAUCGUCGGCCAUCACUUGGGAGGAUGGUUUGAGAUAGACAAAAGUCUAUUUUCCUCUGUCGUGACAUCGGUCGCCCCACUAUUCACAUCUGACCGUGAGGUCAAAAGGAUUUUAAUCCCCGACACCGUUUCUUUCUCAGUUUUUGUGGCCAUUAAAGGCAUGUUCCAUGGAGAUGAAAUCAAUGUAAAAGCAGAUGAAUUAAAUAUUUUCAAACUCCAACUUGCAAGCAUCGGUGUAAAAUUUCUACUCAUUUAUCGUGAUAGCUCAGUUGUGGAUAAUCAACCCAUCGUUAUUGGUAAACGCAUAGGCAAAUUCUGUCGAUCAGUUAUUCUUUGGCCAAGACAUUAUAGAGAACCAAAUGAUGAAAUCAAACCAUUUUACUCUGCAUAUGUUGCCAAUGAUCAUUUAUGUCAGGAAUUCAGACUUUACGAAAAUCAAGAUGCAGGGAAAAUUGUUGAUUAUUAUAAUAUUAAAUUUACACACGGAGAUUUCAAAAAGAAUCUCAUCUGUGUUGGUCCAAACAAUAAGACUUUUAAAGUCAAAAGAAAGAAAAUGAUAAAUUUAUCUACUUUGAAACUUAACACAUUCGAGCGAUAUGCAGGAGACAUAGAUUAUGUCGUCCUGCCCUUUAAGAUAUCAGAAUACACUUUUGAAAAAUUUAAAUCUCUUGUUCUGGAGGGAUCAUGUAAAGUUGUUAUGGAAAAGUUUGGGGAAUUCAAAGACGAACUCAACUUGAUUGGGAUUUCACUCGAAAUCGGAGAAAUUCUAUAUGAUGAAUAUAAAAAUCAAUAUAGAGUGUUAGCCAGAAAAGCCAAGAAAAUUCGUUUUAAAUCUAUUGAAUAUAUUUGUGAAUUCAAUCCUGGUUAUGCCUUCAACCCAGCUGAGGCCACGCAAGAACCAAUUGUGAAAAUUGCCAAAUUGAAUGAUGAGCAACCAGAACCAGAACCAGAACCAGAACCAGAACCAGAACCAGAACCAGAACCAGAACCAGAACCAGAACCAGAACCAGAACCAGAACCAAAACCAAAACCAAAACCAAAACCAGAUCAGAGCCAGAUCAGAGUCAAAAUCAGAGCCAUAGUAAGAGCCUGAUCCUACUAGAAAAAGAAGUUUAAUUUAAAUAUUGAAAAAGUUAAUUUAAUAAUUUUCAAAAAAUUCAGUUACUUACACGUUUGUAAUUUUUCCCAUUUCCUCACAAUUUCCCUCCCUUAUAAUCAUAAUAAAAUUUAAUUCAUUCAAAUACCUUUAAUUUUUCGGUUUACUUCUCAAAACAAUCUUAAAUGUUUAAAGUAACUCAGUUUUAUGUUGUUGUUUAUGUGAUAAGAAAACAUUCAUUUCUGUGUUUUCAGUAUUUUUAUUAAUAAGUUUAGUAGUGUCUCAAACUUGUAUCGAUUAAGGACCCAUUGAGAACGUGUCAACACUUAAAAAAGUUUAGUUUUAUCGUCAUCAUCCAUGGACAAGAAGAGCAGAAGCUAAUGAUUCGGAUGAUGCUCAUCAUCUUCUUCAUCGUCAUCUUCUUGUUUACUCAGCCUUAUCCUGUUGUUCCCCUGGCCAUCCUGGUAUAAUUACGCCUGCUUGCGGUGGUCGACGAGCCUCCAAUUCUUCAACUUCAAUCACCACAAUUCCUCCAAUAACUAGUAUCAAUGUUAAUAAUAACAGCUCUGCUUCCGCCAAAAAUGCAGUCAACAUCGGUUCAACAAAUACUACUGCCUCUGCCAAUGUGACCCAGACUCUUAUGACCAAUUCAACUAACACUAUGAGUCCAACAUCUUCAUCUUUUUCGGAUCCCAUUGAGUCUGAUUUUCAAUGUAUAUCUUUAAAUGUUAGACUUGAAUGUGAACUGAUUAUGAUUAGUGGACGUCGUACAAUUGUGGAGGAAAUUUUUCCAGAAAUUAUCGCAUCUCUCAUGGAUAGCAGGACGAAUGUCACAUGGAUUCAGGAUUCAAAGUACAUCAUUAGGUUUCCAUUGAAUGGCUAUUGCAAACUGAAUUCACUGCAAACUAUUUCAAGAUUAUUAAAUUAUGGA